AUGAGUGAAACGAAUGGUGUAACGUUCGAGGAUGCAUUGAGGAAAACUGGUUUUGGUCUGUACAGUUAUCUGCUGAUAGGGGCAAUUGGGGUAAACACUGUUGCAUACGUUUGCUUGGCGUACAGCAGCACAAUUCUUCUUCCAGCCAGCGCUUGUGAGUUGCAGACAACUGGCUCGCAGAAGGGAUUCCUCGCUGCAGGUCCAGUUAUUGGUUUGAUCCUGGGCAGUGGCAUUUGGGGUGUUCUCGCUGAUGUCUUCGGUCGUCGAAGAACUCUGUUAAUCUCCUGUCUGUUGGCAGCCUUUGUAAAUGCACUCGCCAGCUUCUCUGUUAACUGGAUAAUGUUGUUGUGCCUUCAGUUUUUGACAGCACUGCUAACAUCAGGACAAUAUUCGCAAUCUAUGGCGAUGGUGAGCGAAAGUGUGCCUCAGGGCAAACGUAACAUGACUGUUCUUCUAGUCGUGAGCAUAUCACUUCUUUCCCAAGGAAUUAUGGCUGUUCUCGCAAUCCCAAUUAUACCAAUGACGUUUUCAUACCAUAUUCCUAUGUUGGAUAUCCGAUGGAAUUCCUGGAGGACUCUUCUAGUUGUAUACUCUUUACCCAGUCUUGUGGCAGCAGCUUGGAUGUACACUCUCGAAGAGAGCCCUAAGUUUGCAUUUGCGAAAGGAAGGGAACAAGAAUCAUUGAAAAUUCUAAGUAAUAUCCAUAGAAUAAAUCAUAGGUGGUCCAAUAAACAAUUUGAGGUGAAGAAAAUAUUAGAGGAGGCUGUGCAGAAUGGACCCAGGCCGAUUAAAGAACAAAUAUUUCCAUUAUUCAAGAUGCCUCUCCUGAAGAAUACAGUGAUUAUGACGCUGCUUUUAGUGUUUCAACAGUUAAGUUUUUGA